AUGGCUAACCAAGAUUUUAAAAUUGUGGUCGCUUCCGCUGAACAGAUGGAUUGGAUUAUAAAGUUGGCAGAAAAUGAAGGCUGGAAUCCUGGAUGUAAAGAUGCUAUCGCUUUUCAACUCGCUGAUCCGAGCGGUUUCUUUAUUGGCUUACUUAACGGAAAACCUAUCGGCUGCGUAGCAGCAAUUAAGUACGAGAAUUGUGGAUUCGGGGGAUAUUAUAUCAUAUUGAAGGAACACCGUGGUAGAGGCUACGGAUUGAAACUCUUUCACCAUGCAGUCCACUCCGGCAAGGAAUUAAAAUUAUUCGGACUUGAUGCAGAGCCUGCACAAAUCAGUAGUUACGAAAAGUCAGGUUUCAUAGUUUAUCAUCGCACUAUGGAAUAUAUUGGGAUAGUGAAUAAAUCAGAGAUUCCUUGCGACAAUAUUGUUGAUGCAAGAACUGUCUCAUUCGAUAAAUUAUUACAAUAUGAUAGACGCCAUUCUCCUGACGUUCGAAAGCAUUUUCUAGCUGCAUGGAUCAGUGUAGGAACAGAUCGUAGCUUAGUGUAUUUAGAUGAGAAUAAUACUAUUCAAGGAUUUGGUGCAAUACGAAAAGCUAUCGAUGGCUAUAAAAUUGGACCUUUAUAUGCAGACAGUUUCGAUAUAGCUGAGAGUUUGAUUCAUACAUUGGUAGAAUCUUUUGAAAACUGCAAAGUAUACUGGGCCGUGCCGAUGCCCAACGAAAGUGCCAUAAAACUUGUCGAAAAAUUGCGUUUGGAAAAAUUAUCGGAGACUGCUAGAAUGUAUAGCAGGCAGCCCCUUUCGUACGAUUGGAAUAUGGUUUAUGGUCUUACUUGCUUGGAAAUCGGAUAA